CAGGAAUCAUCGAUUACAUACAACAACACGCUGGGAAGGCCUUAUCAAUUCAAAUGAUUCAUGAUCAGGUGCUUCUCCGAUUCUGCAGUAUAUAAACCAUCAAAUUUCCCCGCUCAGCAUACACUUCCACAUACCCACCACCCACAUACACAAUGCCGAUCAACCAGGCGCGGGUUAGCACUCUCUUGAGGAAAUCGCUUUUGGGGGAACUCCUUGACACCCAAUUUUACCUGUUCUCUGCUCGAUCAAAGCAUGGGAACAUCAGAGUUGCUGCUAAGAUCAGAUCGCUGUUUGCCAACGAUGAAGGCCUCACCGCGGAUUUGAAGUACUUCAAUAGCUUACUCUCCGAAAAAACGCUCAAGGAUCCUGCCUUGAUCGAAGUUCCACUCGAACAUCAUCCAGCAUCUGAGGAAAUUCUUUCUCUCGAUGAUUAUGGCUAUGCAUCCGAUAGUGACCUCGAUGAAGAUGAAGAUGAAGAGGAGGAGGAUGAAACAAACGAAACAGUACAAGAUAAUGAAAGGCUCGAACUUCAAGCGAAUGUCUCUGCGGGAACAACACCAUUGAUCAAGAAUGAUGGUACCAAGGGGGUGUACCGCACGUCUCCGAACCGAAAAAUACUUGUAACAGAUACUGCAUUCAACACAUGGCAGGCUUUGUUGUACUAUCUGUACACUGACGAGAUCGUGUUUGCACCUUUGCGAUCGCAAGGAAGUCAGACAGCGACACAGUUGGGUCUCGGUAAGCCCCCACCAUGCUCUCCGAAGUCUAUGUAUCGCCUGGCAUGCAAAAUAGAUCAGGACGUAUUGCGGGACAAAGCGUUGGCCGCGAUAAAAUCUAGUCUGACUGAGCACAAUAUCCUGCAAGAACUUUCUCUGUCUCUCACAUCCAGGUCAGUUUCGCUACACAUAUUUGAUACCAUUGGGAUACCGACCUGUCGUCCGAGGUUUCCUCCCAUUCUUGAGAUGGAGGUUGAGAGUUUAUUCCAGCUCAUCACUAGCGCGACUGUCAUGAAGGACUUUCCGACAUUCAUUAAAAGGAUAGGUGGUGCUGACCUCCCACAUGGGGUUGACAUCCUGAUCAAACUCCAUGAAAGAAUGCUAAGGCAACACUACCCUAGAAUUUUUUCUCCUGCGCCUCCGUCUACAACAAGUGAAUACGACCAGCGGCGCAUGGGUGGUGGUGGUGCAUCUGAUAAUAGGGGCUCUGGCCGAGGUAGAGGGUCCAAAAAUUGGUUUUCCUAAAUGAUCAACAUGCACAAGG